GGCCCCGCCCCCGCCGGGCGUGCAGCCGCCGCCGCAGCGAGCCCGGCCGUGCGCGAUGGCGGCGGCGGCGGGCAGGUCCCUGCCGCUGCUGCUGUGCCGCCGCGCCGCGCUCGCCUCCUCCUCCUCCGCGCCCUCGGCCUCCUCCUGCUGCUUCCCGGCCCUGGCGCGGCGCCGGCAGCAGCAGCGACACCGCACGGUGCAUCAGAGGCUUUCUCCUUGGCAGAGUGUAAGAGUGGUCUAUUGCAGUACGGUAGUGCCCUCUGAUGAAGUGACGGUAGUUUACCAAAACGGGUUACCUGUGAUCUCUGUGAAUCUUCCAUCUCGGCGUGAACGUUGCCAGUUCACGCUUAAACCUAUCUCAGACUCUGUCGGUGUGUUUUUACAACAGCUGCAAGCAGAGGACCGAGGAAUCGAUCGGGUUGCAAUCUACUCAGCAGAUGGCACACGUGUUGCCUCCUCCACAGGCAUAGAUUUGCUUCUACUGGAUGACUUCAAACUGAUCAUUAAUGAUGUCACGUACCAUGUUAGACCACCAAAGAGAGAGCUCUUAAGCCAUGAAAAUGCAACCACGCUGAAUGAUGUCAAGACAUUGGUUCAGCAGCUGUAUACUGCCUUGUGCAUUGAGGAGCACCAGCUGAACAAAGAGAAGGAGCUCAUAGGGAGACUAGAGGAACUGAAGGAGCAACUAGCACCGCUAGAAAAAGUUAGGCUGGAGCUCAGCAGGAAAGCAGAGAAGAGGACGACCUUGGUGUUGUGGGGAGGGCUGGCCUACAUGGCCACUCAGUUUGGGAUUCUGGCCCGCCUCACCUGGUGGGAGUAUUCUUGGGACAUUAUGGAACCAGUCACCUAUUUCAUCACCUAUGGUAGUGCCAUGGCAAUGUACGCUUAUUUCGUAAUGACUCGCCAGGAGUAUAUUUAUCCAGAUGCCAGAGACAGACAGUACUUACUAUUUUUCCAUAAAGGAGCCAAAAAGACACGAUUUGACCUAGAGAAAUACAAUCAACUCAAGGAUGCAAUUGCUCAGGCAGAGUUGGACCUUAAGAGGCUUCGAGACCCGCUGCAGGUUCACCUGCCCAUCCAGCAAAUUGAUGAAAAGGACUGAUCAGCAACGAAGCUCUGAACCCCGGCGAAAAACCUGUUCAUAGCUCUUGCCUUUUUAAUUAAAGCGUUGCAGGUGUAAGCUGGGAGGUGGCAUGGGGGUGGAGGGUUUUUACCUUUAAUCAAGACAAAGGACUGUAGGGGGAAAUCUCUUAAAUCUGAAGAUGGGGGCAUUGUGGAAUGUUAGUGCUGAAAAGGGCUUGGCAAAUCGUCAUGUUUAAAACUGUGUGAAUGGCAAUUGUGUACAAAUACAGGAUUGUGGGGGGUUCACGAAAAGAAUGUAAUGCUGGGGUAGGGGCGUCUUCUUCCAGCUCUGCAGGGUCUGCCUCUUGAUAAGACACCAGCAGCCUGCUUAGCUUUUUAAAUUUUCCUUUACCUGAUUCAGAUCUCUCUUUCUCUCUCAACAACAACAACAAAAAGGGAUAAAAAGAACAAAGAAUCCAAGCCACCUGGAGCUAUGGCCGGUGAUCAGAACUUGCAUUUCACCGCCAUUAACGCGCACACUUCUGAUCAGACCUGGUCUCUUUUAUAAAGUUACUACAAGACUGCUUUCUACUGGAAAACCGUGAGCUUCCCCUCCCCAGCCCCACCCCGUGUGCUCCACUGACUUCCUCCUUUGCUUAUUUGUAGCACAGACUGAUUGUAGCCAAGUGAGAGAAGGAACAAAUUCUCUUCUGGACAUUUGAUAAUUGAUAUUUUGGAUUAUUCCAUGAUAACUAUAUAAACUUUGCGUCCCGAUGCCCUUGAGCUCCUUCUAGAAAUCAAUGGCAGCAUUGCAUGAGCGUUUUCAUAUUCAGUCUUGAGAGGGCGAUUCCCCUCUUCCUACACCAAAUCUGAUAGCCACCUGGACUAUGAAAUUAUGAAGGUUUAAAGGAUUAUGAAACUGUCUCAGAAUCAUGACUCCUGCUUAACUGAACACUUUUGGAAUGUGGAAUAAUUAAACUUGAUAUUUGACCGUUUGUAUAACGGGAUGAAAGGUUUUCAUAUAUGGUCAGAGCAUUUUCCUUGCCCAGAGGCUUUUUGAAAGCCCAGAGCUCUUACAGUGCACGACACAGAACUACUUCAGUUCUCUAGCACUUUCCCCUGCUUAAGUAGCUUUAAACGAACUUUGCACCCACAGGUCACAGUUUCUUAGGAGUGGCUAAUGACAUCUUUAGUUCUUAGCUAAAGAAAUAGAGGAAGGAAAGUCAACCCAUUGCCCUCUCUUCUAGCCAAGGCUGGCUGAUUUCUAAGCAGAUAAAACACCUCUUCAUUCAAAGCGGGUCAGUCUCUUUUUAGCAUCCUGCUGAUAAAUACUGUGGGGACAGGAUGGAGCACUAAGCUUCGUACACAGAAAAGCUGGCUGCUUUUUUGGUGUUUCACUACUACUCCUCACUGUGUCGUGGAAAGAGGCUUCUGUUUGUUGUUUUUUUUUUUAAGAACCAUGUUUAAAAACAAAAAGAGAAAAAUUAGUAUUAACUAGAUGCCAGGUGCCUUGCAGAUGUGGAAACACAGCUGGGAUUGCUGCCUCUUCUCACUCAAUGGCAUGUUGGACCGAAUGGGUGCAUGUUUCUAGUUUUUUCUCCCUUCCCCUUUUCCUUUGUCUUUCAAUUUAAUUACAUCGUGUGAUUAUUUUUUAUGUUUUAUCCUGUUUGUGUGAUGAGUUUUAAAGGGGGGAAAAAUGAAUACAAUCCUGUAGCUGAAUCCUUGGUGUGUGUUUGGGAUGAGGGAGGGAGCAUGGAGAAAAGUCCUUCUUUAAAAAAAAAUAAAAAAGAAACACAACAAAAAUAAAAACGUGUAAAAUCCUGUAUCAUUUAUGAAAUAUGUAUAAAAGAGCAAUGUACUUCUGGAACAAUAAAUAACUAUUCAAUUUUUGAA